UUUUUCUUUUUUUUUUGUUUUGGUGAACGGUGCACGGAUACAUUAGGUCAGUGUAUAGCGAUGGUUGUAUGGAAUACUCCGUACAGAGGAGUAUAGCAGAUUGGAUUGCCAAGAAGAGGUUGACCGCCUCCGGGAAUGGCCCCGUGCUGGCCUCAUCACUGAUUUAUCUCUUCUUUUCUCUCCCUUUCAAUUUGCUGACUUAUAAGACGGUUGAAACGAGGGCGUGGCUACAACACUCAAGUGACCCUGGACAAUUGAACGUGGUGCGUCUCUAGUAGACCUCAUCAGUUGAAUCUGUUUCAUCUAGAUCAAUGGUGGUCUCGUGAAAGUGCAAGACAUCCCCUGUACAUGGACAUACACACGCACACAGAUGUGUCUGGAUUCCAUUCCUUCCGAACACUGGCGAUGUGCUGUACUCAAAGCUUGAAGGUAGGAGACGGGUACGCAUAAUAGACUAAAUUACCCUUCCCCACCCCAUCAAUGGGUUGCGGCAACGGGAAAAAAAAGCGGGCGAUGGACCCCCCGGGGAUCCACUCAAUGCAAUGAUUGUUCACAUUAAACUUUCCAAACUAUCAUUUCUCAGUGUUGCAAAUGUUUAUUCUGUAAUAUUUUUUUUCUUUUUUUUUUCUUUUUCUUU